UCGGGAUUUGGAUACAUUCUGGGGACCUAUGCCAAAAUGGCAACAAAACUGUUAUUUUCUCUUGUAUCAAGAGGUCAGCCCAGUAGAGUCAUUGGUCAAGCUGCCAGGCCAUUCUCAGUGUCCCAAAAUAAAAACAAAUAUGUUGUUGUAUCAAGGAAGGAACCAGAAGUUACAAUUGAGGCUAUGACAAACAGAUUUGUUAUGAUUUCUUUUUACCAGGAAAUUAUUGCAGGUAUGAGAACUGUGCUUGGAAUGAUAUUCAAAGAACCAGCCACUCUGAAUUAUCCCUUUGAGAAGGGUCCCCUCAGUCCGAGAUUCCGUGGGGAGCAUGCUCUGAGAAGGUACCCCUCGGGAGAGGAGAGAUGUAUCGCCUGUAAACUGUGUGAAGCUAUCUGUCCAGCUCAGGCCAUCACGAUUGAGGCAGAGACGCGAGCAGACGGCAGUAGGAGGACGACACGAUAUGAUAUCGACAUGACAAAAUGCAUUUAUUGUGGAUUCUGCCAGGAAGCAUGUCCUGUAGACGCCAUUGUGGAGGGCCCCAAUUUUGAAUAUUCCACCGAGACUCAUGAAGAGCUUCUGUAUAACAAAGAAAAGCUUCUGAGUAAUGGAGACAAAUGGGAAGUGGAGAUAGCAGCCAACCUUCAGGCAGACUAUAUGUAUAGAUAAAAACAAUGAAUUUAAGAAAGACUUAAUUUUAUCUCAGAGACCUUUGUAUGAUGCAUCAUGUUAAUGCAGGCUUGUUUAACAGCUUAAAUAAAACUAUUGUAAACAUU